UCAGCAUUGGAGUAUACGGUCAUCCAUCUCAUGAAACGAGUCAAUACUAUCUCAUAGUUUAUCAUAUAUCUCUUUCUGCUGAUGAAGAUUUUGAUGAACAAAGUCAUAUAAAUAAUUUAGAAUUUCAUCCUCGUAAAAAGGUUACCAAAAAAUCAUUUGUAUUAACUUUUUUGUGGACAUUAUUAGACGAAUUGAUUCAAGUGUUAUUUUAAGAAAGAUUGAAAGAAGCAAUAAGCCAUUGUAAUCAUGCUUGAAUACGAAAAUCAAAUGUUUUUAGAAGUGCUCCAAGAUGAUGGACUUGUCAUCACAGCCAAGGGGCUAGGAUUAGAAACAGUAUUUAUAAAUAUUUUAAAGGUAUAUUUAGAUCCAGGAAAUUUAGUGAUCGUUCUUGGUACUCUAGAUUAUGAUGAACAAUAUUUUAUUGAUAAAUUAAAAGCAAUGAAUGUUCCAAUGUUACCAAAAAUUGUUACUGCUCAAAAUACAUCCAAUGAAAGGGAAAUAAUGUAUCUUGAAGGAGGUGUACUAUUUAUAUCUGGUCGAAUAUUAGUUGUAGAUUUAUUGAAAAAUCGUGUUCCUUUAAAUUUAGUAACGGGGAUAUUAGUUUAUAGAGCUCAUGGAAUCUUGAAUAAUUACCAAGAAGCUUUUGCUUUACGAUUAUACAGACAAAACAAUAAAAAAGGAUUUAUUAAAGCAUUCACCAAUUCCGCCUUGGCUUUUAUGAUGGGUUUUACUCAGGUAGAACGUGUAAUGAAAGCGUUAUUCGUGAAAGAAUUAUAUCUAUGGCCACGAUUUCAUACAGUAGUGAGCAGUAGUUUAUCAAAACAUAAACCAGAAGUCAUAGAAUUACAUGCAAAAUUAACCCAUAAAAUGUUACUUAUUCAAACGGCUCUUCUUGAUAUCAUGAACUUUAUUGUUAAAGAAUUAAAAAGACUUAAUAAGUAUUUAGAUCUAGAUGAAUUAUCAGUUGAAAAUGCGAUUGCUAAAAAAUUUCAUAAGCAAUUACAGUCGCAGUUAGAUCCGAUCUGGCAUCAACUAGGAUCUAGUACAAAGCAGCUGGUUGCUGAUCUUAAAUUACUUGGAUAUUUUCUAGGGCAAUUAACUCAGGAAAAUUCAGUUGCUUUUUAUGCGAUGAUUAAUCGUCUUAGAACUGUUGAAUAUGCAAUGAAAGGUAGUGGAUGGUUAAUUUUAGAUGCUGUUGAUGAUUUAUUUGUUCAUGCCAAAAGCCGUGUUUACAAUAAUAAGAAUGAGCUCAGUCCAGAACCAUGUCCAAAAUGGACCGCUUUGAGUGAAAUUCUUGGCGAAAUUCGAUUGGAAAUAAAUAAAAAGAAAAAUAACUCAGAAAGUGCUAAAAAAGUAUUGAUUAUCGUUUAUGAUGGAAGAACAGUAGUCCAAUUGAAGAAUUAUUUAACAAUGGGAGCUGGUCAAUAUUUGCUUUAUGAAGCAAUAAGACGUUUAAAAAAAAAUGAACCAGUAAAGCCAAGUAGCAGUACUGACAAAGGAAAAGUACUAGAAAAUAAAGGCAAUUCAGAGAAUCAGGAAAUAGAGGAGGAUUUAAACCAUGAUAGUUACGUACUUACUUUUUCACAGAAGCCUCUAGAAGAACCUAAGGAAUCUGAAAGGAAGAAUGAUCCUGAGGAAAAUUGUAAAAAUUAUUUUGAAGAAUGUUCACUGAUUGAAAAUUAUGAUACUUCAAGUUUGUCAAAUUUUGAAGAUCCAAUCAUCGUUAUUCAAUAUGUUAAGAAAGGUGGAGAUCCUCUAGCUCUCCAAAGGAUUUUAUAUGAAUCAACGCCAGGUUUUGUAAUAAUGUAUGGUGCUGAUAUUUCAUCGAUUCGUCAGCUGGAGGUUUAUCAAAAUAAUAAUCCAUCAAUAUUGCUAAAAAUAUUUUUCCUUAUUUACGGAGGUUCUGUAGAAGAACAGGGAUAUUUAACAUCUCUCCGUAGAGAGAAGGAAGCUUUCGAGAAAUUAAUUCAUACAAAAGCGACAAUGGUGGUGCCGACAGAUCAAGAUGGGAAAAUGGAAGGUAGUGCAACAAUUGAAGAAGAAACAGUAGAACAAAGUUCUCGUAAAGGUGGCCUUGGAGGCAAUUCAAAUAAAAUAAUUCAUAAAGUGAUCGUAGAUAUCCGAGAAUUUCGUAGUGAAUUACCUGCACUAUUGCAUAAACGAGGCAUAGAAAUAGAACCGGUAACAUUAGUGAUAGGAGAUUAUAUUCUUACACCAGAAAUUUGUGUCGAAAGAAAAAGCAUAUCUGAUCUUAUUAUGUCCUUAAAUUCUGGAAGAUUAUACAAUCAAGCAAUUUCUAUGACUCGCCAUUAUGAAAAACCCAUGCUCCUUAUAGAAUUUGAUCAAAAUAAAUCAUUUUGUUUACAGGGUAAUUACUAUGUCAGCAGAGAUAUGAAAAGCUCAGACGUCACUGCUAAAUUACAAUUACUCACAUUACAUUUUCCUAAAUUAAAAAUUGUUUGGUCACCAAGCCCCACAGCUACAUCUCAGUUAUUUGAGGAACUAAAGCAAGGUAAAGGACAACCAGAUGGCCAAGUAGCCGCACAAAUUGGUCUAGAAGAAGAUACAGAUGAUAAAAAAAUAAUGAGUGAACAAUAUAAUACUCAAAUUCAUGAUUUAAUUGCUAAAUUACCUGGAGUUCAUUCAAAAAAUUUACGAAGUAUUUUGCAUAAAGGCGUUUCACUCGAUAAUAUAUCAAAAUUAACAGAGGAAGAAUUAGAAGAUUUAAUGGGGAAUAAAGUUAAUGCGACAAUGUUGUACAAUGCGUUACAUAAAAAAUAUAAACCAGAAGAAACUAGUAAGGGACCAGUAAGUAAAGCCGCAACUAAAGUACGUACUAAAGGAUUAUUUUCUUCUAAAAAAUAAUGUUCUUUCUUUUAAAUUAAAAAAAAGUGAGAUUUAGAUCAAAAAAUUCACUUAAAUUUUUUUGAUCCACUUAUACAAUCAAUGAUUUAUUAAUUAAA